UACGCAAAAGGUAAAUUGGUAUCACUGUUAAGUUGUAUAAAAAAAAAAGAAAAAUACUCUCUUAUUGAUAAUAAAAUAUUUUAUUUUUAAUACUUUUUUUUAAGAAUAUUAAUACUAAUAUUAGUUCUUUAAUAAUUGUGUAAAGAAUGUGCAUAUUGAAAAUAAAUAGUUGUUAAAACAAAAAAAAAAAUAACUAACAUAACCUCAAAAUGUCUGGAAAAACAAUUUUUGUUACUGUAGGAACAACAAAGUUUGAUAAUUUAAUAACAACUGUAACUAACAAUGAAAUCUUGAAGAUAUUAAAUAAAAUGGGAUAUAAUAAUUUAGUAUUACAAAUUGGUAACACUUGUUUGGAUCCUGAUUGUACUGCUCGAUGUGGAUUUGAUAAAAUUGAAUCUUUUCAUUUGAGUUCGUCUCUUGAUAAAUAUAUUUCAUCAGCUGAUUUAAUAAUUAGUCAUGCAGGUGCCGGAAGUUGUUUGGAGGCACUCGAAGCUAAGAAACCAUUAAUUGUCGUUACAAAUGAAUCGCUCAUGGACAAUCAUCAAAUUGAAUUAGCUGAACAAUUAUACAAAGAUGGUUAUUUGUAUUAUUGCACUUGCAAUACUUUAUUAAAAACUCUUCAAACAACAAAUUUAUCAAAAUUAAAACCAUUUAUUUAUACAAAGAGCAAGGAAAUAGCUGCUGAAAUUGAUAAAUUCAUGGGAUUCAGUUGAAUUAAAUUUAAUCGUUAAAUAAAAAGAAAAUAUAAAUUGAAAAAAAAAUAAAGAAUUGCUUUUUUGCUUCCUCGUGGAGGAAGCUU